UCUUCUACCUGGUAACCGGCCAGAAUAAAACAUUGUGUGAAACCUCUGUGAGUGCAGCUGUCAAAACUCGGUUUUAUAAGCUAUACAGAACAAUGAGUGACACUGAGGAUGCAAAUUACAAGGGGCGGGGGUCACGCUCCCCGUCUAAAUCUGAUCGUGGGAGCCCAGAACGGGUCAAGUCAGAGAGCAGGUCCGGGACUCCGAGCCCAUCCCGGGCUUCCAAACACUCUGAUUCCAGAUCCCGCUCCAGGUCUAAAUCAAGGUCUCGCUCAAGGCGUCACUCAUACCGGCGCUACAGCCGGUCACGAUCUCAUUCUUACUCCCACCGGAGGAAGUCUCGCUCUCGUUCCUACAGCCCCGAAUACCGCCGCAAGCAGAGCCAGAGUAAUUCCCCUAUGUCGAGCCGACGGCGUCACACUGGCAGCAGGAGCCAUGACUACACAAAAGAAGCAUACAGUCAUGGCGGUGAUGCUGAUGUUAGGGCGAACCCUGACCCCAGCACAUGUUUGGGGGUGUUUGGUCUGAGCCUGUACACCACAGAGCGUGACCUGAGGGAGGUGUUUUCCCGCUACGGUCCUCUGGCAGGGGUCAACGUUGUGUACGACCAGCGCACAGGCCGCUCCCGUGGCUUUGCCUUUGUUUACUUUGAGAGACUUGAGGAUGCUAAAGAGGCAAUGGAGCGAGCAAACGGCAUGGAGCUAGACGGGAGACGUAUCAGAGUGGAUUAUUCCAUCACCAAACGUCCACAUACCCCCACACCUGGAAUCUACAUGGGCCGACCCACUCAUAACGGUGGUGGAGGUGGAGGAGGCGGCAGCAGCAGGAGAGGGAGAGACUCGUAUUAUGACCGCGGCUAUGACCGCUAUGACAGAUACGAUGAGUAUGAAUACAGGUAUAGUCGCAGGCGCUCUCCAUCACCUUACUACAGUCGAUACAGGUCUCGCUCACGGUCCCGCUCCUACAGCCCACGGCGAUACUAAGUUUCUCUCAGCGCUCCGCUUCCCUCCAAUAACUGACGGUGUGUGAUUCAUCAAGGUGUUUCUGUUGGGGACAUUUUCAAAUUAGCAUGUGUUUAUCAACAGAAGUCCUACGUUUGAGAUUGUUCUUGUUUACAUGCAAUAGAUGUCUUAAUUUUUAAUGGUUUUGAUGCAUCUGUGAUGAGUGUGAGCAGAGAAUUCAGCAUCUGUUACUUUCAUCCAUCUGCCUUCAUUUCUGCAGCAGUGAUGCCUUAUUUUCUGUCAGUGGUUAAUAAUUAGUUUUAUCUCUGAUCACUGUUUUAAUCGUACAAUAGCAAAUGUAAGUAAAUAACUUGAUUAAUAUCAAAAAUUACUUUGAGUUGGGUUGUAGUCUCAGGGGAGAAAACGGAAUCCAGAGAUUAAAGUAGUAAAUUUGAAGGAAUACUUUGGGGAAAAUGUCUUUUUCAUCAAGGAACCACAUCGCUUCACUUUGGUGUGUUUACCAAGAAAACUACAGCUACACAAUCCUCAACCACAGCAACACAAACACACUCAUGCUUGACUCUCCAUUAACUUGUGUUCUUUAAGGAAGUUUUCCUAAUUCUCAGUGCAAAGCUUCCCAAAAUGUGGGCUGCAAGAGGCCUUUCACUUCAUUUAAAAGCUAUGAAAAUUAAGAUGAAGUUUUAAAUGAUCAUAAAAUACUUGAUUAUGUGUUAAAAGUCCAAAAAGUAACAAAACACAGCUGGAAUAUUUAACUUGCACAUCACCUUUAAACAUUAAUUUUGUCAGAUUUACACAACGGGUGUCAUGGUGUAACUGGUUCUGGAUUAACUGGUGACGCUCCAUUAAACAUUGUACAAUGCUGCAUUAAUGUUACAAGGAAAGGGUUAAUGGAGUCACUGCAUACAUUUUAAGAGAUUGGGAUUAGAAAAGAAAAUACAGGUCACUAUGCAGAUGCCUGUUUUAACUAAACAAACUCUGGUAGCUCAUUAAUUGUACUCAGUGAUAAUGCCAUCACUUUCUUCUGGCAUUGUUGCUUAAAAACUGGGCAUUUGCUUUGAAAUCCCCUGUUUAUUAAAUAAAAAUGAGAAGGUAAACACU